CCAAGUUCUUUCUUCAACUCAACCCAUAGCCUUCUUUGAUUUGAAAUUCAAGCACAGAAUGUUUCGCCAAAUGAACUCUUUUCAGAGAGCAAGAACAAUGCGAUCGAGCUUUAGUUUUAAUUAUAACAAAGGUUUAACAGACACACAGCCAUCUGGGAUUGUGGAAAUACGUUCUGUUGAUCAAUGGAAAGCUUAUUUUGAAGCUACUAAAGGAAACAACAAACUGCUGGUGAUACAAUUCACAGCAACAUGGUGUGGACCUUGUCGACUCAUCGAUCCCGCCAUUAAAGAGUUUGCUGCUAAGUAUAAAGAUGUUGAUUUUAUAAAAAUAGAUGUCGACAAGUUAUUUUUGGUGGCUCAGCAAUUCGAGGCGAACACAUUGCCAGCUUUUGUGCUCAUCAAGAAAGGGAAAGAAGUUGAUAAAAUAGUAGGAGUCAAAAAGAUUGAACUGCAGAACAAGAUUGAGCAGCUCAGGAUUUGAGAUUUAACUGAUGAAGCAUAUAUAAAGCUAUUACUGGACUGAUGGAGAAGCAGAGCUCAUCUGAAGGAGAUAAAUAAGGCAAAGAUACCAGCCUCCUACUGACCGACCUGCUCAAUAUUUUUUGAAGUUUUGAUGGUUAAUUUACGUGAAAGCAAUUAUUUGCUUUGUUUUUCAAAUAUAAUAUGUUACAUAUAAAACGUCACAUCAAAAUAAUAAUAUUUUGACAUACGUAGCUG